GCAGAGAUGUCCUCCACGCCUUAACAGAUUUUACAGCCCUCGUGGAUUUUUGCGCCCUAAAUGUCACGUUUCACAGGCAACCACCUUGCAUGCAUGGCUCCGUUCUCCACGCACCAAGUCCAGCCACCUGCUAUGAUAACAUCCAUAAGGCUGAGAAAAUAGCAGGUUCCUUCGUUUCUGUCGAAUAUGGAAGGCUAACUUUACAGCGGAGGUGGUGACGAGCGAUAGCCACAGCCACGAUGCAGGGGCAUGUCCGCCCGCGAGGUUGCGAGCGCAUCGGGGAACUGAUCUCUAUUUUCAUCUGAAGCAUCUGCUCAGUUCUUAUGUCCUUCACGAGCAUGGAGGUCGCAAUUUUCGGCGCGUCAGCGUGUGCCGCGGUGUGUGCUCAGUACGCGUUUAUCCGAUGCGGGUUACACGGCUCCUUCACUAGCGCGUCCUGGCCCGAAGCGACGCUACCUGACGUUCAGGAGCUCACCCGCGUUUCGAAUCUCGUUCUCUCCGUGUACGAGCGAGAUGUAACGGAGCCUCGUUUCAGCGAUCCCGUACCGCCAGCGUGCGUAGUGAAAUCCGUUUCGUACGAUGACACGAGGGGGCAGUGCCCCCCGUACACCAUAUUCCUCGAUCUUGACGCGAGAGAUAUCUGCGUCGCCAUUCGCGGUCUUCACCUCACCCACGAGGCGGAUUACGCGGUCUUGCUCAACAACCGUACUGGGCAGCAGGUAAGUCCCUGAUAAGGACCACAGUAGAAUCCUUCUGCCAGAACGAGCGCAGCACAGGCUUUUUCUGAACCUUGCGAACGCAGAGUCUAUGUUUCUCUUUCGGCUCCCUAGGCGCCUUGCUAAACUCCGUAAUUUUGGUUAACACUAGGAUUUUUACAGAGGCUUGAAGAUGGUUUCGCCCACAAGGGCCUUCUCCAGGCAGCCUGGUGGUUGCUUGAAAGAGAGGCGGACACCUUGAAGGAGCUGCUACAAUCGAAUCCGGGGUUCAGCCUGACAACCAGCGGCCACUCGCUGGGCAGCGGAAUAGCCGCGCUGCUCACCCUUCUCCUCGCUAGCUCGCUGGAUCGAGUUGGAGAUCUGCCACCUGGAAAGCUCCACUGCCUAGCCUUCGCACCGCCAAGGGUCGUGUCUCUGAACCUGGCUGUCAAAUACUCGGACUUCAUCACCUCCGUUGUGCUUCAGGUAAGAUAAGAAGAAUUGCAUCGGAAACUAGUAAAUUCUUCCCCUCUCGUGCAAGGUGCUGUGUGAAGGGAGCGCUCUUACCUCGUCACUGCAGGACGAUUUCCUUCCGCGGACAGCAUUGCCUCUUCAGCUCAUUUUCGGGGCCGCAUUAUGGUAAAGUCUUUGUAAGUCUCCUGUAAAACUUGCCCCUUCUGGUUCAAGGGACUCACGGCAGCUGUGCUGUGUGCAGCUUGCCGUGUCUCCUGGCGUUCUCAUGUAUGAAGGACACGCUUGUCCCAUCCUGGGUGCUUUAUCAGAAUCCUGGACGCCUGUACAUACCAGGGAGGGUCCUUCAUAUAGUCUACACUAAAUUCUGCAGGUUGGGUUUAUAAAAGCUUUUGUGUGUGUAUUUUUGCAUUCUUAUGGGUGUUUGGAAAGCUGCAUCAAUGCCUGCAGUUGCGCUUCCCUCCCCCCAGUUGUGAAGGAGGCAGUUCCCAGGGAAGAGAGGUUUGAGCAUCUCGUGUGCUCUAUGAACGCUCUUCAAGACCAUUCCUUGGUUCGUCUUCGAGCCAAGGCGCAAGGUGCCGUUACGAGACUAUCAGAGCCGAAUUGUGCCACCAUGGCACCAGCUGAACAAGUAAUGGAGUGAUGGGGGUCUUAGCCUGUCUUGCCAUGAGCAUCUAUGGCUUGAUUCAUGACCAAGUAAUCAGCUAUAGCCCUGACCAUCAGUUGCCAGCUCGGAGUGGUUGACAGACAGCUGGAGUCAUCACGCACAAUGUAUUUCUAACGUAAUUCUGUUAUAAUUUUUAGAUAUCAUAUUGU